AUGGGAUCAAAUGAUUCGGGGAUGAAGAUUGUCCAUGGCGAGGCUGGUUUUAUACUCGAAGACGUUCCUCACUUCUCCGACUAUAUUCCUAAUCUUCCUACAUACCCAAAUCCGCUGCGAUCUAAUCCAGCUUACUCUGUCGUUAAGCAAUAUUUUGUUCACGUCGAUGACACGAUUCCUCAGAAGAUUGUUGUUCACAAGGAUAGUCCAAGAGGAGUACAUUUUCGACGAGCCGGAGCCCGCCAAAGGGUGUAUUUUAACUCGGAUGACGUGCGUGCAUGUAUUGUUACAUGCGGUGGUCUCUGCCCUGGGCUCAAUACCGUCAUAAGGGAAAUUGUGUGUGGUCUUUCGUACAUGUACGGUGUCCACAAGGUCAUUGGUAUAGAUGGGGGUUAUAAAGGUUUCUAUUCCAAGAAUACUGUUACUCUAACACCCAAGGUGGUCAAUGAUAUUCACAAGCGUGGAGGUACAAUUCUUGGAACAUCAAGAGGAGGCCAUGAUAAGACUAAGAUAGUUGACAGCAUCCAGGAUCGCGGAAUUAAUCAGGUUUACAUUAUUGGAGGAGAUGGAACUCAGAGAGGAGCAGCUGUGAUUUAUGAGGAAGUCAGACGGCGAGGUCUCAAAGUGGUGAUUGCUGGGAUUCCUAAAACCAUAGAUAAUGACAUCCCGGUUAUUGACAAGUCCUUUGGUUUUGAUACUGCCGUUGAGGAGGCUCAACGUGCUAUCAACGCAGCACAUGUUGAGGCUAGUAGUACUGAGAAUGGAAUUGGAGUUGUAAAGCUAAUGGGACGCUACAGUGGUUUCAUUGCAAUGUAUGCCACUCUUGCUAGUAGAGAUGUGGACUGUUGCCUGAUUCCAGAGUCACCAUUCUACCUUGAAGGAAAGGGUGGACUUUAUGAAUUUAUUGAAAAGAGACUAAAAGAAAAUGGACAUAUGGUUAUAGUCAUAGCCGAGGGAGCAGGGCAAGAUCUUCUUGACGCCAUGGAUGAGAAAGAUGCCUCUGGAAACAAGCUACUUAAAGAUGUCGGCCUCUGGAUAUCUCAGAAGAUUAAGGACCACUUUGCAAGGCAAAAUAAGAUGCCCAUCACUCUUAAAUAUAUAGAUCCUACUUACAUGAUCCGGGCGAUUCCAAGCAAUGCAUCAGACAAUGUCUAUUGCACACUUCUUGCUCAGAGUGCAGUUCAUGGGGCAAUGGCAGGGUAUACUGGCUUCACAACCGGCCUGGUCAAUGGAAGACAUACAUAUAUUCCAUUUAAUAGAAUCAUUGAGAGGCAGAACAAGGUUGUAAUUACUGAUAGAAUGUGGGCAAGACUCCUUUCUUCGACCAACCAGCCAAGCUUUAUAAGUCCAAAAGAUGUUAAUGAAACUAAGGAGGAGGAGCUGCCCAUCACUCUGUUGUUGGACAGGGACGAAUGUGAGGAUAAACAACCGUCAGAAAAUAAUGCCAAAAACCAUAUCACGACGGAGAAGAAAGGAAACAAGUAGACAUCAGCUUCUUCAUCUGCUACCAUAUGCGGGGGAACAUAGCUUGAAGAGUAAGCGAUUUACUUCUUUUCUUACA